CCUUUGUGCUCCUCCCGGCGGUUUGGGUUCGGUGUGGAGGUGAAGCCGCUUCAGGGUUAGCUUUUCAUCAAGCAUCUUUGCUCUCCGCGGUGCCGGAACCGUCAUUAUUCGGGCCAGAACCGAGCUAAACGCUGCUGCUCAUUAACAUUUCAUGAACCGAAUUUUCAGGGGGGUUCUGCAAAGACGCGGAAUGUUUCACGCGCCUCCUCAUGUUUUUUUGUUUUGUUUUUAUGAAUGGAUGUUAUGUUACUACGGACGGUAGAUGUGGGAGUAAAGUCUGCACCUCCUGCAGGAGAGACAGACAGGAAGGAGCAGACUGUCACACUGCUCCUCUUCCUCACACUUCAAGUAUUUAUAACCUCCUCCUCCUCCUCCUCCUCAUUUUGGUUCUAAAGGUCCUAUUUUUUUAUGCGCAUUGAUUUACCAAAAUAAUCUUUCUAAAGCUGAAGAUGAUGCGCCAGGUGACGACCAGCGACUUCUGCAUGAGCAGCAGGCCCUCGUGCCUGGCAGAGGACGGCCACCACCCUGCUUCUCACUUCGACCUGUGCACCUCCCAGCCCAACAAGUUCUACCCUCCACCCCCCACCACGUCCCUCCAGAUGACGCUAGCUCCCAUGGCCCUACCGGCCCAGAGCCACAAGCCCAUGGUGUGCCAGAGACAGGACGUUCUCGGGAGCGACCCGCGCUCGCAGGGGAAAAUAGCCGGCAUGAAGGGCGCCGAGCAAGCGCCGGACGCCGGCAAAAAGAAAAGCAAAGGUGCCGGCAAGACGGGCCGACGGGGGCGACCUUUGGGAACCACCAAACUAGCUGGGUACAGAACCAGCACCGGCCGACCGCUCGGCACCACCCGGGCUGCCGGCUUCAAGACGAGCCCGGGACGGCCGCUCGGCACGACGCGAGCCGCGGGGUACAAGGUCAGCCCAGGGCGGCCUCCGGGCAGCAUCAAAGGCCUGUCGCGCCUCAACAAACUGGCUUACAGUAGCACCUGCAGUGGAGCCGCGUUCCCGUACCCACUUCCACACAAAGACAUCCUCUGUGAACCUUCCUGCAAAGAGAAGACGGCCACGGAGUGACGGGUCUGCCCCGCCCCUGCCGGGACAGAACACACAUGCACAGGCUUCCUGCUGCAGUUUAGGGGCAGUGAAGGUGAGAGCAGGAAGGCUUUUUAUAGGAAUAAUACUGUGUUGUUGUCAUUUGUGUGACUGCCAUCAAUAUAAUCCACAGCAGUUUUCAGUAAUCCUGCUGAGAUCUAUAGUGCAUCUAUAGUGUAUACUGAACACGGCUGUUUUCCACUGACUUAUGUAGCAUCGUAUUCCCAACACACAGACGCAUCUAUCUGAAGUUAUUAGCUGCAGUUUCAUGCCCUCCAACAGAGGAGGUCAUCACAAAGACAACAGAUGUGCUACAGAAGAGGAGAAUGUACUUUGAAUGUUGGUCCGUUUUUGGAAAAGAACUCAAAAGAAGCAAAUUUAUGACUAAAAAAAAGAAGUUUCAAUGAAAAAUCUGAAGAAAAAUUUGGUUUUACUCUAUAUAAUUAUCUAUAAGAUGUAAGCACUGAUGGUGAAUCAGUGCUUCCAUCUAAUUUAAAUCAAAUUUAUUCCAUUUCAGGAGGUUCAAGUUCUCCAAACAAUGAGUUUUAAACAUCAACACUUUUUUUGCAUGCAGGAAAUAUUCAAGCUCAGCUUAUAGGUGGCAAACAGAUGAGAUGUGUUUGUAAAGGAUUUUUGAUGUGUAAACUCACAUGUGCACGUUUCAUUUAUCAAGUGCUUCUUCUCAUUACAUGUGUUGCGUUAGUUUGAAACCUUUGAACCGGGAAAAGUGUUUAGAAAGCUCAAUGUAAAAAUGAAAAUGAUGCUUAUUCGUUUUUUAUGGCAGACAUUUAUGCUUUUUUCUUCAGUUUUUCUUUUGAAAACACUAACUGGAGUCACAUUUCAUGCAAAAUGUUUUUACCCAACUUAGUUGUGCUUUAUUGAAACUCGUUGAGGACUUUACCAUCAACAUGCUGCUUUCAGAUGAGCAGUUUUUAUUGAAUAAAAACAAGACCGUGUUUUUGUAUAGUUAGCUGGUUUUCUUUUUUUUGCAAACAUUUUCUUUCCUAAAUAAUUUCAACUGUUUCCUCUUUUAGUUGUUUUUGCAUUCCAGACCUUUAUGUGUGAAUUACGCUCUUAUUACAGACCUCUGCCCUUAAAAGGACUCCCAGAAUCAUUUUAAUCCUGUUUUCCUAUAAAAGAACUCAACCAAGUGGACAAAAUGUUAAUUUAAAUAUUUGUUUUACCCUGAUAUUGCUUUUAGUUUGAGACAGAAUUGUGUUUGGAGAUGUUUUUAUCAAAACAUUGACUACAGUCAAUAAAAGGGUUACCCUGUUGGGAAUAAUCAGAUAAAACCCCUACCCUUCCUCUUCAUCGCUCUGAUUGGUUAAACACUGAAACCAUCGCCUUUUAUUAGCUCAUCGUUCCUGCACUGUAGGACUGUUCCUCAGUCUGCCGCUAGAGGGCGCUGUUUCUGUAAAUGGCAGUUAGUUGCCAAACAUGAUUUUGCAAUUUUUACAAUUGGAAAGAUUUGUUGUAAAUCUCAUUUCUGGUUGUUUUUUUAACAAGAUGUUUUAAAAUUCAAUCUACUAAAAUCCCAUUUAACCCUAAAAAUGUACAUGUAGAAAAAGAAGUUUGGUCCGAGAUUUGCAUUUGGUUAAAUCCCAUGACCCUGUUGACCUCAUGACAAAGGUGUAGCACUUAGUCACAUACGGUUUGAUGGAUCAUCCGACAAACUAAACAUUUAUUUUCUUUCACUGUAUUCAAGCAUGAGCAGCUCAGAAAUGGGAAAUGACAAAGUUUAGAAAAGCUUCAGUUUGGUGCAAUAAUGUGUUUAUGUGUUGUAGGUUACCACGGCAACGUUGAUACUAUCACUUUUUAUUCAUGCCGUAUUUUAAAACCUACAUUGAAGUCAUUUCUGUCCCUUUUUGUUGAAAUGAGUUGCAUCCUGUAAACUGAUGUAUUGAAAAUGCCUCCUUACUGUUGUGACCCUCCUUUACCAAAGAAUGGGAUCAGGCUACGAACAUUUUAGCUUGGAAACAUUAGUUUUUCAGGACAUUUUUUAACUGGCAAAAGAAAACUGUGUAAAAAAAAAAUCCAAACGGAUUGUUUGAAUUUACCUUGAAGUGGUUGCAUCCAACGUUCAGUUGAUUUAAAGGCAGCUUCUUGACAGUUUCAGUCCUCUGAUAUAAACUUGAUCACUUUCAUUGUUUUUCUAUUCACUUUAUUUAGCUUUUUCUACAAAUUUGUAUGUAGCCAAGUUAGAUAUUUAAAGAUGCUUUCUAGCUGCGGCCGCCUGCUCCAUCCUCAUCCUGACUUUUGUACAAACUCUUUGGAGUCAGACUCCAUACUGGAGAUGUUACAGGACGACUGUCAGCUUUGUGUCCCCAAUUCACAGCAGACGUUUGAUCCGAGUCUGACUUCAGUUUCACUGAAACCCUGCUUUAAUGUUAGCAUGAGAGGUUUUAGUCUGUGUGGCUAACACGCGUGACCUCAUGAAGCUUCUUUAAGUAGAAACUGUCACCUUGACUUAUUCUUAGGCACACAAAAAACUUUUUCACCAAAAAAGAUUUUAUGUUUGCUAUAAUUUGCAAGAAAUAAAGUCUGCAGCACAGCUGCUGUUUGUAAAAGCUGCUAAAAUAGUUGAUAAUUUGAUUGAUUUAUGAAGCCCACCUGGUGGUAGCUGUAAAAAGGGAUCCAGCUGUGGCUCAGAGAAAACCUUUCCAACAAAUCUACGUGGAGUUUUUCUGUUUCAGUCAGAAAAGUUGCACAUUUCAGUGGAUGUCUUCAGAGCCCUGCACUUUUCCACACAGACACCAGAGGGCGCCAUACAGUGAACCUGGGGUCCGACCCUUUCUGGGUUCUGCUCUUCUCCAUGCAGCUUCCUUUUGGGACUCAGUUUGGUUGUUGGUUUAGUGUUGGAUGUUUUCAACUUCGUGGAAUCAGCAGCAGCAUUUGUGCUGUGAUGUAGGCGACUAAACGUGGAUUUGUGGUAAAUAUCAUGGCUCAAAAUAUGAAAAAUGUUUCAGGUUAUUGAAAACAGACACACAAAUUAUUAAGGUGGAAGUUUUUUUUUUAAGGUGGUUUUAUCAGCUGUGUGUACAAUUUUAGAGAGAAGUUCAACAGAAUGAAUCUUUGCUCUGUGGAUGGAUGUGUUCAAAAUGAUGACUCUAUGGAUUGCUGACAGUCUUCAUCGUAAAUGUCAUUGUUUGUUAUGGUGUCAUUUACUUUGCUGAAUACAAAGCUAGAGAAGAGGAAGUUUGGUUGAAGUUUGCAUUCUUCACAUGAAGGAAUCUGGGAUCAUCCUAAAACUGUCCCAAAAUAAACAUGAAUGCAUUUGAAUGUGUGACACAUGGAGCACAGUUCUAAAUAUUUUAUUUUUUAGUCUCCCAUCACCCGCGGCGUCUCCUCACAUUUGAGUUUUUCAUGAAGAAACGAGGCCGAGGUUCUUCAGAACUGCCGUCAACAAGGCCCGCAAAGCUUUGUAUAUUUCCCCUUUUCUUCGUGCAUGGUUGUUGUGGAAUGUUCAAACGUUGUGUAAUAAAUCAUAAAGUAACACAA